AUGUUGUGCCCCUGCCCCCGGGUGUGCACGCGCUCCUGCGCGUACACUCUCGCACUUGGCCUUGGCUUUGUAACGUUGGGGACGAGUCGCAUCGUGCUGCUCAAAUUCUCCGCCAAUUCAGAAAACAAGUACGACUUUCUCCCUGCAUCUGUCAAUCUGCUUGCUGAGGCUCUCAAACUGCUCUUCUGUUUGGUCAUGUCAGUCAGGGUCAUCGUCCGAGAGGGGCGAUCCUGCAGAGACUUGGGUUUUUCCUCCAGUUCAUCCUUCCUCUUUUCACUCAAGUGGGCUGUCCCAGCAUUCCUCUACUUUCUUGACAACCUCAUCAUCUUCUAUGUGAUGACCUACCUGCAACCGGCAAUGGCAGUGUUGUUCUCCAACUUUGUCAUCUUGACCACAGCUGUUCUCUUUAGAAUCGUCCUGAAGAGACGUCUGUCUUGGGUUCAGUGGGCAGCGUUAUUUAUUCUCUUCCUGGCCAUUGUUUCCUUGACAACAGGAUCAGGAAGCAGUCAGACUUCCAUAGCAGUGCCAGGUCUCCACUCAACACACCUCUCCACCCCCUCCAACUCCUGCAUUCUCUACACACAGCUGCUGGAACAGAUGAAAAACAGCAGUGUUUCAGAAUCAUGGACAUCAUCACUGCCAGGUCAGGCCUGGAGGGAUGAGAUAGUGGGGAAGCUUCGGUCUUUUGGAGUUGGUCACAUCCUGCUUCUACUCCAGUGCUUCAUCUCUGCCAUGGCCAACAUCUACAAUGAGAAGAUCCUCAAAGAAGGAGAUCAGCUUACAGAGAGCAUCUUUAUACAGAACAGUAAACUAUAUACAUUUGGUGUGGUGUUUAAUGGACUGACGCUCGGGCUGAGCAGUGAGGCACGGGGCCUCACUAUCCACUGUGGACUUCUCUAUGGACACAAUGUUUAUUCCCUGGUUCUGGUGCUGGUCACUGCUGCUCUCGGUUUAUCUGUGGCCUUCAUUUUAAAGUUCAGAGAUAACAUGUUCCAUGUGCUGACUGGUCAGAUCACCACUGUUCUGGUUACCGGCCUCUCCCUCUUCCUCUUCGACUUCCGCCCUUCACUGGACUUUUUCCUGCAGGCCCCCAUGGUCCUUCUAUCCAUUUUUAUCUACAAUGCCAGCCAGCCCAAAGACUUGGAGUACAGCCUGCAGCAGGAGAGGUUGCGGGUCAUCAAUGGAGAGGUGUUUGAGAGGUCCAGAGGGGACGGUGAGGAGCUGAAGCUCCUGACUAAGACGAACACAGACAGUGACUCUGAAGAGGAAUCCCUGUGAAUCCUGUGUUUGAGGACAGAACUGCUGCCAACACUAUGUUCAACUGAGAUUUUCACCUCUCCCAUUAUGGAUGGUGGAAACUCACCAAAGCAUUUUUUGUACAGUCAGUAAAUGAACAACAGAGUUAAAGAUGA